AUGGCUAGAGUUCUUCUGACUGGUGGCAGUGGAUUUAUUGCCGCUCAUAUCCUGCAAGCCUUGCUCGAACGAGGUCAUUUCGUUGUCACUACCGUCCGGUCUGCUGCAAAGGGUGAUAAGAUUCUCGCGGCGUAUCCCAAUACACCUCAAGAGAAAUUAUCAUAUGUGAUUGUUGAGGAUAUCGCUGCAGACGGAGCAUUUGACGAGGCCGUCAAAUAUGACCCUCCAUUUGAAUUCGUAAUUCACACAGCCUCCCCUUUUCAUCACAAAUUUGCAGAUCCACUCGAUUUGCUCAAUCCAGCAGUCAAUGGAACCAAAGGAAUUCUCAAAGCAAUCAAAGCUCACGCACCAUCUGUGAAGCGGGUCGUUGUUUAUGACGAGACAUCGUGGAACCCAGUAACUUGGGAUGAGGCCAUAGCAGAGCGUUCAAAAACCUACCGUGGCUCGAAGAAGUUCGCAGAAAAGGCGGCAUGGGACUUUAUUGAGAAGGAGAACCCUGGAUUUGACCUGGCUACUAUAAAUCCACCUCUGGUGUACGGUCCAGUUGUUCAUCAUCUUGAGGGCCUCAGCAGGCUCAACACUUCCAACCAAACAAUCGGCGAAUUUGUCCAGGGCAAGCACACAGCAGAUGAACUUCCACCCACUGGAACUCUCUUGUGGGUUGAUGUUCGUGAUUUGGCUUUGGCUCACGUUAAGGCAAUAGAAAUUCCUGAAGCUGGUGGAAACCGAUUUUUCGUUACGGCGGGCUACUGCUCGACUAAGAGAAUUGUUGAUGCCAUUCGACAAAGGCUACCCGAGCUAGCAGCAUCUCGUCUCCCGAAGAAUCCUAUUGAAGAUUUCCCUAAAACUGUCUAUGGCUAUGACAACUCGAAAACCAGGAACAUCCUGGGUAUCAAUUUCCGUUCACUAGAAGACAGCAUUGGCGAUACCGCUGUCUCUUUACUGCAGCUAGCGAACUAA